GCAAUGCUAAAACAGCUCCAAGUAGAAUCUAUGGUAUAAAUUUAUUUAUCUUAUUUUAUCUACAGUGGUAGUUUUGAGGACCACCAUCCCGCCGUCGGAAGACAGGUCGUUGGGGCAACAUCAACAGCAACAACAACAACAACCUCACCACCACCACCAACAACCACAAGAUGCCUUCCGUAUGGGACGUGGUGAACCUGUACCUGGGUGCUCUCUCCCUGAAUGAUGACGACCUCUCUAACUCCAGCUUCGUCAACGACACAGAGGCGUGCGACAAUAAGCUGAUAGAGGACACUCUGUUCUACCAGCUGGCCCUGAUUCCCGCAUUUGUCAUCCUUGCUGUGUUCAGCCUCACGCAAAAACGGCGACAGUUGGCCUUGAACGUGCUGCAAGGUCGUCCUGGCUUGAUUUUCCCUGUUGACAUGACGACCCGCUCCAACCGUUUCUCCUACGCAUGCGCGUUCGGGUCCACGGCCUAUCUCCUGGUACAGUGUAUCUUUGACAACUUCCGCGCCUUUGACUACGAGGGGCACGUCGCUUUGAAAACUGCUGUCAUCUUGGCGUCCGUCCUGAUCUUCGGCAUCGUCUACUUCCCCGUGUUCGCCUGUCUCACGCUGGGCUCCAUAUACAGCCACGGCCUGGGCGCCGCCUACGUCUGGAUGAUGACCGCUGUCCAGGUGGUCAGGCUGGUGGAGUGUGAGUACCAUACUGAGACCCGCCUCAUCAUCGUUCUAAGGAGUGUCCCUCAAGUCCUCUGUCUGCUCUACCUGUCUCUCAACAUUCCACUCCGAUUCUACAGGGACAUGAGGAGGAAAUCUUGCUGUGUGCGUCCCCUGGCAGAAGGCUUUGGCGACAGACACUUGACGGGCAUCAAGGCGAGCAUACAGGGGAAGCACGUGCGGGAACUACUGGAGCCUAGGUGGAGGAGGGUUCAGAGACUGCAGUCGUGCUGUAGUGGGAGGUCUGUCACUGGCCACGGCUCUGGGCGUUUACGGUAUUCUGCGGAUGUUGGUGGGUUAUAGGCAGACGAUGCAAAGACUCUAUCGUGGGGAGAUGAAGGAUCUCACUCGUGACUUGACAAACGCUCCCUUGCUGGUUGGGGCUCUGAAGUUCUGCGGUUUUCAAGUGACGUAUGUCUUCUGGGGAUUUUUCUUUCACUCCAUUCUGUUCAUCCUUCUGGGAGGUGCCGUGGUCAUCUUUAUCUGGCUGAUGGUGAAUGGAUUCACUGGAUGGUUUAUACGGCUCCUCGAGAGAAGCUGGUCAAUUCUGUUAUGGACCAUCCUCAUCUAUGCAGUCCAAACCCUUCUCGCAAAGUUCGUGUUUCUCCAGAAAAACACCAAGCUAAUCGCUUUUACAAACAGGAGAGCGCUGUUCGUCUUCUUCUACUUCAUGUUCUUCUACAACGUGUUCCUGGGCGUGUUCAGCACGCUGCUGCGACUGGUCAAGUCUGUGGUCAUUGGGGCCGUCAUGUUGCCCAGGCUUGACCACAGUGUGCUGCCCGCGGGCUUUGAGCAGUCCGACCCAGGCUUCCAGGCGUACCUGGGCUACAUGACGGUGGAGAUGUCACAGAGCCAUCCUGUGAUGCUGGUCUUUCUCAGGCUGUGUGCUCUGGGGGCACGGGGACGACACAGGUGGCCGCACGGGGGGCUAGAAGAGAUUGUCACUUCCGGGCACCCCGAGAAGGUCAAGGACGGUGAAGUUGGCUCUUUGAAAGCUGUGAGAGAACGGGAGCGAAAACGCCAAGCGGCUGCCUUCAACUGGCACAUCCUGUACACACUGAUCAACAAUCCGGAACUGCGCCUCCACCGGAAGGGCUACGUGUCCAACAUGCGCAGAGCGCGGGAACUGGGCAUCCGGGUACCUGUUAGUGAUGGGGUCACGGUGCUGGGCCAAGACUUCCUGCAGCAGUUGGAGGAAGCAGAGGGGGGCGGGGUCGAAGACGUUCUCACCAAAGCAGGGGCCAUGAUGGGCAAGAAAGCCGCGGUAUUCAAGACGAAAGUGCUGCGAAAAGCCAGACAUUUGGUGCGCAAAUCUUCCAGCUUCGUGCCCGAACCGCAAGUGAGCGGGUCGGUGAUAUAGAGGAGUCCAUAAAUGUCAUAAAAACCCCGAACUUCAAUUUAAUUGCAAAAGUUUUGAUUUUAGGUUCAAUAGUUUGACUAUCAACUCUAAAACAACUCCUAAAAAAAGGAGGAUGAUAGUAACGUCGGAAGCUGGUCAAAUUAAGCAAAAUGACGUCAUCACAGACAACUAAUUACGGAAAAAUCUAAAAUGUAUCAAAACACCACCAUGUAGCACCUCGUUUUAAAGGUCUUGAUGAGAUACAUCUGAAUCCAUGAAAAUAACUAUACUAUUGUCCAUUCCGUGCGAACUGUUUGCUAUCUAAUCGUCCAGUCAGCAAGAGGCUCUCGAGAGGAAGAGUUUAAGCAGCUGAUUCCUUUGCACUCUCCACAUACUAGUGAACACUCAAGUCCAUGUUUUCUGCACGUGCAUUGCUUUGAACGACAGUCUGACUUGCAAUUGCACAGGAUCAACUUCAAUAUAGAUGUUGUUCCUGUAGUGUCUACAUCAGCUGGAGGUAAAUGUACACCGAUUUAGCAUACAGAGAGUGCCCAGAGGCAGCAAGGUAAGGGAGCAUUUCUAUCAUGGAAUGAAGAUGUAAGUUCCAGUUUCCGGUUCUUUCACCCUUGAUGAAUCUCCUCAGUAUAUCCAGCAUCUCCAUAUAUUGAAGCCAAAGACGUAACGUGUAACUAGUUAGAAGCUUUGAUUUAGUUUCAGCAAAUUUUGUUUCUAUCCAGUCAAGUUCUUGACUUGAGGCUACAACGGCUGCGGAUACCUUUCCUCACUACCUGAUCAAAAAGCCGAAGACAAGAUGAAAGAUCUGAAUCAUCAAUUAUUAUUUUUCACCUCAUUUUUAGAGCAUGUGUUGUCUCCUUCUUCCAUUUCCUCAUCUUCUGAUGCAGAGAUCUCCCUCGUUUUACCAGGGGCUGUGGUAGCUGAGUCUGUUUCUUCUUAUACGAUUGACGGGAGAGCGAUGUCGAAAGUACUGGAGGUCAGUAGGGCAUUCAAUACUGAAUCAACGAGAAGGUGUCCCCUCACAGCUCUGGCGACUGCCUUUCCUGAGAGCAUAUGCACAACGGCAUCUGGAGCAUAUAUCACUUCGAGGAUCUCUCGCAGUCCAGACCCUGUCAUCAGAUGACCGAUGGUUCCCAGGUAGCUCAGCUGCAAUAUUAAACCCACCCAGUUGUAAUAUUAAUGAACGUAAGUGACUGUCAGCAGGCUCACUGUCAACAAUAAGCUGAUCUUUCCACCAAAGAGGUUGAUCUAAUGUGAGCACAGGCUUGACCUUGUAUUUGGCUGCUCCGUUCGAUACAAAGGGGAGAGUGGAAUAUAUGCAACUCAUGUUUGUGGGCGGCAUGUCGAUCAUGGGCAAGAAGGUGAUCGUGCUCUGACCAGGAUAACUUCCUUCUGAUACUGUCCAGACCAACCAAUACGCGGUGUUCGUAGAGGCCAUGAAACUUUCCAUAAUAGGUCUAGUUUUUUGGUGAUGUCUUCAAACCCGAAGUCCUGAAGCUCUUCAUACUUUAACGAGAUGUCAAUCUUUGAUGAACUGAAAAAGUGGACAGGGAUCUGAACAUGGGUGGAUGUUUGAAGUGCAGUUACACUGGUAUCUCGACGUAUCAGCCUGGAAAGCUUCUCACUUGGGGUUGCUGUUCCAAUGAUUCCCAUCCCAUGGAAGGUUCAUAAACCGUCCGGUGUUCUAAAGUUGUGGUCAACAUUGUCUGCCACAAACUGUAUAAAGCUGUCUCAACUUACACCAGAAAGACCUGUGCCUUGACUGGAGGCUGCACACUGUUCGAAGCUCUGAACUUCAUGAUAAAGGGAACAGAAUCCAAGACUGUGCAACAAGUCAAUUAGAGCCCGAGAUCCAUGAAGGUGAUGCAGUGGCACACCUCAUUGCUUGCAUCAUAGCUUGACCAAUGGAAGCUGUUUUUAAUUUUGUUUCCUUCUUUUUGUUCAUUAAAAGUCUGUAGAAAUAAAACGGGUGAAGCUGGUAAAUAAUUUAUAUUUUCCUCAAGAUCACCGACCACUUCUCUAGUGGGGUAACACUCUUUUGAGUAGUGUAGAUCCCUUACGUCUGCUAAGAUUUGUUUUGCGGCGGUGUGUAUGAUCCUAAACUUUUUUUGUGGAGAUUUCACUUUCUUUUUGUUGUUUCCAAUAUUGGUCUGAUAUCUUUUCAGCACUCAUUCGGAUUGUGACAACACUAUCCCUGCCCUGAAUGUUUGUAAUGACAAUGUCACUAUCCACAGUUUUCAUUAACUUCUUCUUCAUGUACUCUUUAGAGUAAGGCUCUACACCUCCCAGAUACUCCCGCAUUUUCUGGCACAAGUCACCCACGGUUUGCUGCUCGUUGUCAUUCACUUUCAGGAGAGAGACUUAUACUUUGGAAAAGGCUGUGAGUCGAUCCUUGUCUUCUGGCCGUCCUUUCUUGUUUUUUCCUUCUGAGCCAUGUGCUUGAAAUGCCAAUGGAAUAUUUCUCCCAGUUCUGAAAUUUAUAUUGCAUUGUUGAGGAUAGACUGCAUCAGCUGCAUGCAAAUUCUGAGCAUAUUCAAUGCGUUCUUUCACUGUUUCAGCCCACUUGUAAUCAGGGCCUCGUAGUAAACACAACAGUUCCAAGCUAGCUUGACAGCUCGAUGUGCGGACUUGAUAAACAGAAAUAUCGCCUUUCUUUCUCUGGUCUCUUGUAGAUCUCCCACAAAGUAGGCAGUCAUUGGCAAAGUCAAAUUUAGUGGUUGAAGAGCGAAGACUAGCUUUCUUUGAAGCUGACCUAUGCUCUCUUUUCCUUCUCAAAUCUCGCUUAAUUGCAUUUUCAUCACAGUAGUCAUGACGACACUUGGUGUGUAGAAUCUGGCCAGGUUAAAAGUCAAGCCUAUUUUCACCUCUCGCACGACUUGCCUUCUGAAGACCAGCAACACCUUUUUGUGUCACCAUA